UCUGGUAAUUUUAGUUGUAUUCAGGUGUACUUGUAUGGAGGUCACGUAACAUCUUGGAAGAAUGAUCUUGGAGAGGAGUUGCUAUUCUUGAGCAGUAAGGCUAUCUUCAAGCCGCCUAAGGCUAUUCGUGGGGGCAUCCCAAUCUGCUUUCCUCAAUUUGGCAACCAUGGAAACCUUGAACAACAUGGAUUUGCAAGGAAUAGGUUUUGGAGUAUUGAUCCGGACUCUCCACCCUUUCCAACUGCUACUUUAGAUAAAGCUUUUGUUGACUUGAUCCUCAGGCCAUCUGAGGAAGAUACCAAGACUUGGCCGAACAGUUAUGAGUUUCGUUUGAGGGUCACUCUAGGACCUGGAGGUGACCUUAUGCUGACCUCACGAAUAAGAAACACAAAUACUGAUGGAAAGGCAUUCUCCUUCACAUUUGCAUACCACACCUACUUUUCUGUUUCAGAUAUCAGUGAAGUGCGUAUUGAAGGAUUGGAGACAUUGGAUUACCUUGACAACUUACAUGAAAGAGAACGUUUCACAGAGCAGGGAGACGCAAUCACUUUUGAAUCUGAAGUUGACAAAGUGUACUUAACUACGCCAAAUAAGAUUGCCAUUCUGGACCAUGAAAAGAAACGCACAUUUGUUUUAAGGAAAGAAGGCCUACCAGAUGCAGUGGUGUGGAAUCCCUGGGAUAAGAGGGCCAAAGCAAUUGCGGAUCUUGGGGAUGAUGAUUACAAGCAUAUGUUGUGUGUGGAAGCAGCUGCUGUUGAGAAACCCAUAACUUUGAAACCUGGUGAGGAAUGGAAGGGGAGGUUGGAAUUAUCUGCAGUCCCUUCCAGCUACUGCAGUGGGCAGCUCGAUCCGCAAAGGGUUCUUCAUGGCUGAGUUUGUUUCAGUUCAUGAGGAGCAGGAUUUGGAUUGCAUGGAAUAUAGCUGGUGAUAUAUAAUGAGUGAAGAUAAAAUAAUAGUACUUCUCUGUGUUGAGAAAUAUUUAAAAUCCAACACAGGGAAGGAGAUGUCAACCUUAAGUAUUGUGGCUAUAAUGUAUAAAACUUAAGCUUGCUAUUUGCAUACACAUUUCGUGAGACCAAGUUGAAUCUUUUCUUGUCUGUAUUAUUUCUUCCAGCUACGAUGGGCUCAUCUGUUACCAGGCUACUUU